GAUACAAGAAUGGGUCAAAGAAUCGAAGGGAAUGGUCCCGGACAGUCUUGUGUCUAAUGUGGCUUGUAGCGUCUGCCUUCUGGGCUUGGAGAAGAUGAUGGAGAUGGAGUUUAUCUGUCCCUGCGAUCCUACAAUGAAAGUUUUGUUUGUGUUUGCAAUCUUUUUCAUUCCUACAUUUGUAACAUUCAUAGUUAUGCUAAAAGUACAAGGACCUAGUUGUAACCAAGGAAAGUGUACGGGUUUUAUUUCAAGCAUCAUCCCUCCCUUGAUGUGGUUGAUCAUACUGUUCUUCGAUGGCAGGUACAUUGCUUGUGCAAUGUCAAACUGGAAUGAAACAGUUGUCACAGAAAUGUCUCCUAAGAAAAGAUGUACGCAAAAAGAGACAGAUAACAAUCAGAAUUUCCAUUAUUGGAAACUCCUAUCUCAGGGCAUUGGUAUGGUUCUUAUCUUGGCCGUAGGAGUUAUAGUCAUAGGAAUCCUAUACAAAGGCUUCAUCAACUCCUGCAGUGAUGUAGGAGCAGCAGAAGGAGGAGCAGCAGGAGGAGAAGCAACAGCAGGAGGAGGAGCAGGAGGAGGAGCAUCAGGAGAAGGAGGAGCAGCAGGAGGAGGAUCAACAGCAGGAGGAGGAGCAGGAGGAGGAAGAGGGGCAGCAGCAGAAGGAGCAGGAGGAGGAGGAGCAGCAGGAAGAGGGGCAGAAGGAGCAGGAGGAGGAGGAGCAGCAGGAAGAGGGGCAGCAGCAGAAGGAGCAGGAGGAGGAGGAGCAGCAGGAAGAGGGGCAGCAGCAGAAGCAAGAGGAGGAGCAGGAGGAGCAACAGAAGCAGGACAGGCAUCAGAAGUUGGAGGAUGCGGAAGAGGAGGAGCAGGAGGAGGAGCAGCAGGAGGAAGAGCAGCAGCAGGAGGAGAAGCAGGAGGAGGAGCAUCCGAAGCAGGACAGGCAUCAGAAGUAGCAUCAGAAGCAGGAGGAGGAGCAUCAGAAGCAGGACAGGCAUCAGAAGCAGCAUCAGAAGCAGGAGGAGGAGCAUCAGAAGCAGGACAGGCAUCAGAAGCAGGAGGAGGAGCAUCAGAAGCAGGAGGUGGAGAAGGAGAAGCAGAAGCUUUGCUUCAGAAGUCUGACGUCACCCCAUUGUGAGUUACAAAGGAUUCAGGUUAGGGUUUAGGGUAGGGUUGUACCAAGGAUCCCACUUAGCGUCUACCACUGAAUUGAUUUAUAUUUAACCUUUAUUUAACUAGGCAAGUCAGUUAAGAACAAAUUCUUAUUUUCAAUGAGGGUCAAGGAGCAGUGGGUUAAAUGCCUUGUUCAGGGGCAGAACGACAGAUUUUUACCUCGUAGGCUCGGGGAUUCGAUCUUGCAACCUUUCGGUUACUAGUCCAACGCUCUAACCACUAGGCUACCUGCCGUUGAAGAAGCAGUUGAGAUGGUACCCAGGCCCAGAAAUUGAUCAAUGUGCGUAAAAUUACUGUAUGAAUAACAUUUGUAAAAAUGGUAUGUUUAUUUUUUUCUUCUCUACACAAUCAAUAAGUAACCAAUUUAUAACUUUUGAUUUACGAGUGUGGAGAAAACGUGAGCGUAGAUGAAGCCCUUGGCUAAAAAUAAAGUUUAAUGGUGAGUCUCCAUUGAAGAAGCUUUUAGUCCAGGAUUAAGGUUAAUUUGUGUCCAUAAAACUGCCCCUAUGGCUGAGUUCACAAAGGAAGACCAACUCUGAUCUUUUGACAAUUAUUUGUCAUAUUUGAUACAGUACAUGCAGUAUCUGAUAUUUCUCCCAAUGUGUAAGUAAUAACAACAACAAAAACACAUUGAAUCUGAUCUUUUGAGUUCUGAUUUGUACCACAUUUGUAUGUGGUCCCCUAUAAAUUCGGAUCCAUUUUGCAACCUGUCUGGACGCUGAUUUUUUCCACAUGACCUGCAGUUUCCAAUACAACCACCCCAAAAUGUAAUGAAACAGUGAAAGAAAAUGGAUGAAAAAACCCCAUCUGAAUUGGGUUCCUACGGCCCAGCUACAUUACAGUCAUCAGUCGUCCGGCAUUACAAUCAGCCACCAGCCAUUGGGGGAAUGCUUCCUUUGAAAUCAAUGAAAGCUACUGACAAGAGUAGUAGCUUAUUAAGGCCCAGGUCUGUGUGACAUUGUAGAGACACAACUUGCAGAUGCCCACGCACACUCAUGAAGGUUCCCUUUCACACAGAGCACAAAGAAGAAUGAACAUUGAGAGGGAAUUGGCAUAGAUUAAAGAAAAUAAGACAUUAAUUGGGAGUGGAAUUUAUAAAAAGAACGAUUAAAGGUAUAUAUGUGAAAUGUUAAAGGUUGGGAACAGGGGGACAUAUACAGUGGAAGAUAUUAAAGGGUGAUUAGAGGAAUGCAGUAAAUGGUUAACAGUUUAAUAGUGUUGUUUAGCUUAGAGGAACAAGACCGUAGGGCCCAUAGGAGGGGAAUAAUGAAAUGUUAUAAUGUUGUUUGCUUUAAGGUACGAUGCAUAUAGACUAUGUUUGUUAAGCUUUGGCCAUCAUUGUAAAUAGGAAUGUGUUCUUAACUGACUUGUCAAGUUAAAUAAAGGUGCAAAAAAAGGGUGAAAAGAUGAACAAGGCCUUAGGAGGUUGAUAAUGAAAUGUUAUAAUGAUGAAAUGUUGUAAUGAUGAAAUGUUUAAGUUGGUGGAUGUUUAAGAUGUCAUAGGGGGGUAAUACGUUUAUUUGGAGUAAGAUUAGAAUCGAGUGGAGUAAGGAAGAUUCAUGAUUAAAAAUGACUGUUUUAAAGGUAAUUAAGUAUGAUAAGGAAGUCAGUUGGAUUUGGAAAUCCCUAAAUCGGUUAGUUGAGACCGGUUAGCUGAGACCGGUUAGGGGAGACAGGUUAGGGGAGACCGGUUAGGGGAGACCGGUUAGGGGA